AUGCACGCGCGCGCGUUUCGACCGACGCGCGCGCGCGCGGCGAAAAUCACAUCGUUCCUCGUUCUCGUCGUUCUCAUCGCGCUCGCGUACGCGUACGCGGACGUCAUCGCGAGUGAGGGCGUCUUUAACGAUGCGUCGAGGUCGUUGCGUUGGCGCUCGCCGCUCUACGCCGCCGUGCUCACCGCUACGUGGUCCCACGAGCGCGUUUUGAACGCUCAGAGGAUAUGCGAAUUUGCGUCCACGAUCGCCGAGUUCGGAUGCGUGAUCAAGAACGCGACGGUGAUCGACGAGGACACGGCGCGCGCGAUCGAGGCGCGCGGAUACAUCGAAAGGUUUGAGGCGUACGAACACGCCGAGAGCGAUCGUGGGUGGACGCCGCGACGCGUGAUCGGAGUGAUGAUGAGACCUCUGAAGUUUUACGCGCACAAAUCGGCGGAUCGAAGAAAGGUGCGCCUGUACGAGCGAGCGGAGGAUCGCACGCGCAGGGCGGGUAGCAUCGGAAACUUGGCGCUCUUCGGAAUACUCGCGCAGUUUGUCUCGGAACCGACGGUCGACAGCUCGACGAUAGAGCAAUCGUUGGUGAGAACGAACGAUGAUUUAUGGCCCGAUGUCGGCGAAGCGCUCGAGCGGGCACGCGAGCGCGAUCGGACGUAUCUGAGGUCUUCUCGGAGCGACUACGAUGACUCAAUCUUGCUCUUCGAGGACGACGCCAAUGUCGUGUCACCCUCUCCCGACGCACUGCGAUCGGAACUAAUGGCGUUAAUUCAAACGUUACCGACUGGAUGGGACAUCUUGUCACUCGAUCCACACCCCAAUUUCUGUCGCGAGCCGUUUUGGAAGCACCCGAGUGCGCCGACGUCUCUGAAACGCCGAGUCCAUCGCACGUACUCCACCUUCUCACGAACGACCGCCAUCGUCGUCUCCAGGCGCGGCGCGUUGAAGAUCUUGCGCAACUUACCCACCAACAUCGUCAUCGACAUGUUCAUAGCGCGAAUCUUAAGACAGGGUGGAUUGAGAAUCUACCUGGCGUGCGACAACGGCAUAGUGCGACAAGUCGACAGCUCCGUCACAUCGCUCGGUGGAUGA